AACCAAGUGCAUUCCUAAGAAAAACAGUCGCAGAUUGUCAUUUGCUUGUUGUGUUGGAAGUUGGAACCCUAAAUUUGAGAGGAGUGGAGAAUGGGGCGAGGAGUUGAGCAAAGCGGGGGGCAUGGAGGCUGAGCAGUCUCACUCUUCUCUAUGGGAAAGACUGAAGGAGAGCAGGGUUUGGGUUCUACUGUGGGCUCUGAGCCCUCAUCGCGAAAUGCAGCUGCUUGCUGUCCUUGGAUUCGCACACUAAUUGGACUCAGAUGCCUUUUGUUUCUCUUUCUCUCUCUUGCUCUCUUCCUCUCUGCAAUCUUCUGGUUGCCUCCGUUUCUUCAGUUUGCGGAUCAGGGCGAUCUGGAUCUUGAUCCCGUCUUCAGAGAUCAUCAUAUAGUAGCAAGUUUCAAUCUUUUUAAGCCGGUUUCUUUGGUGGAGGAUAAUGUCUUGCAGCUUGAGGAUAACAUUUUUGAUGAGAUAGUCGCUCCGUCAACUAAAGUGGUUAUCCUAUCUGUGGAAUCCUUAGAUGGAUCAAAUCAUUCAAAUGUAACAAGAGUAGUAUUUGGGGUUGAUCCAGACCCAAAAUCAUCAAAGUUAUUGCCAACUUCUCAAAGUUUGAUCAGAGCAUCUUUUGAAUAUCUGGUCACACACCAAUCACUGAGCCUAAAUACAUCCUUGUUUGGGUCCACAUCCUUUUUCGAGGUGCUAAAAUUCCCAGGUGGAAUUACCAUAAUUCCACCACAGAAAGCAUUUCUUCUACAGAAAGUGCAAAUCCUUUUCAAUUUCACCUUAAACUUUUCCAUCUAUCAAAUACAACUAAAUUUCAAUGACCUGAAAAGCCAACUGAAGUCGGGUUUACAUCUAGCACCCUAUGAGAACCUUUAUGUUAGCUUGUCAAACUCUAAAGGUUCAACAGUAGCUGCCCCUACUACUGUUCAGUCAUCUGUUCUACUGACCAUUGGCAAUACUCCUUCAAUGCAAAGAUUAAAACAACUGGCUCAAACCAUCACACAUUCUCAUUCAAGAAACCUAGGCCUGAAUAAUACGGUGUUUGGUAAAGUCAAGCAAGUUCGUCUUUCAUCUAUUUUGCAACAUUCGCUCAAUGGUGGAGAUGGCACUGCAUGGUCACCUUCUCCUGCUCCAUUGCCUCAGCCCCACCCCUACCAUCACUCCCAUCAUCACCAUCACCACCAUCAUCACCACCAUCACAAUUCCCCUCUAGCUCCUGCAAUUUCACCUGCACCUGCAACGGGCAGUGGUCCACCCGCAAAUUUUCAAGGUGCACCUGGACCAGUUAAUCCUUCACCUAAACCAUGGAAAACUAUGCCUGCACCUGAGAGAAGUUGUGAAGCAAAGCCUCCCAGCUUCUGGUAUGGUCGUAGAGGGAAGGCUGGAAAGCAGUCACAUUUACCCCCUGCUGGUGCACCAGGUGUUUCUCCUCCCAUCUUUGGUCCAUCACCCCAAAAGCAUGUACACCCUUCAGCACCCAUUUCUCGUUCAGCACCAGCAUCUAGUCCUUUGCCUCAUGUGGUUUUUGCUCAUGCUCUUCCGCCAUCAAAGAGUGAAUCAGAUAGUAGCCAUUCUUACGCAGGGCAAUCACCUGGACCCUCGACAUCAACAUCAACUUCUGCAGCUCUUCUUCCUUGUGUUCAUUGGGCAUUACCACUAUUCCUAGCUUUGGUAUUACAUUUAUAACAGCCGAUGAUAAACUUUGCAUUGCAAGUGAAACCACUUCUCUGGUAAGUCAAGGAAGGACUGGAAAAAGCUGGAGGAGUUGCGUUCCUGUUGUGUAAUGUUGAGCUACGCAAAGAGCGUGGUUCACACGUGAGUGAGUGGAUAUAAGUUCCUUGUAUGCGUGUAAAUAGUUGAUUAAAAAAUCCAGCUGGCAUGAGAUGCAUUUGCAUAUUCAGGUCAAAGUCACAGAGGUGGCAGGCCUUUGAUUAGAUGCAGCAUUGCCACUGUUUUGUGUAUUCUCCUUCAAAUGUAACCAGCAAAUGUACGUAUCACUGUAUCCUUUUGUUUCCGUAUC